CAUCAGUUUUGGAAAGUAACAAUUGUCACGGCGACGCCAGGAGGACAAGUUGGAUUACAUGAUGAAGCUGAGCGACCACCAGGCAUCAAACUUGGCCGGUAGUGUGGCCCCCCACCGCCUCAUGAGGUGAAGCCCCUCCCUCCCUGCAUCCUGCCAGCAGCACUGAGUAAGGGAUGACAACACUCUUCUUGCUUCUGGCAAUGUUCCUCCUCUCUGGCAGCAUCCAGACGUCCCCGGCUGUCACCAUGGAUAAGCUGCAGGAGAGCUGGAAGUUGUACAUGGACGAGUGUGAGCGCAACAACAGCAGAGCGCCUCCAAACAGUGGUCUUGUGUGCAACAGAACCUUCGACAAGUACGCCUGCUGGCCUGACGGACUACCCAACACUACCGUUAGCGUGUCAUGUCCGUGGUAUCUACCGUGGUACCAUGAAGUUCAGUAUGGAAUGGUGUACCAGGAGUGUAACGCUAACGGUCAGUGGGUAACUAUGAAGAACACCAGCGAGUGCGACUCUAAUGAUCCCAGUCAGCAGUACUACCGACACAUUCGCAUCAUGUACACAAUUGGAUACUCUCUAUCUCUGGUGGCUCUGGUGUUGGCACUCAGCAUACUGAUAUUCUUCAGGAAGCUGCACUGUAUGAGGAACAACAUCCACAUGAACCUCUUUGCCUCCUUCAUCCUGCGGGCGUUGUCCAUCCUCAUCAAGGAUGCGCUCAUGGAGGCGAACAUUACCUCGCAGGACCUGAGCCCGGACCAGGAGCAGGGAUUCUCACAGGCCUCCAUGUCGCCCGUAGACCUGUUGGUCAACAAUGAGAUAACCAUCAGCUGUCGAGUGGCGGCGGUGAUGAUGCAAUACAGCAUCUUGGCCAACAGCUACUGGCUCCUGGUGGAAGGUAUCUACCUCCACAACCUGCUGGUCAUCACCGUGUUUACAGAGAAGAACUACUUCCAGAUCUACCUGUGCAUCGGCUGGGGUACACCCUUAAUAUUCCUUGUUCCCUGGGUCAUCGCCAAAUAUCUUCAUGAGAAUCAAGAAUGCUGGGGUCAGAACAUAAACAUGAACUAUUGGUGGAUCAUACGAUCUCCCAUACUGGUGGCCGUGCUGAUCAACUUCCUGAUCUUCAUCCAUAUUAUCAAAAUCCUCGUGUCCAAGCUGAGAGCACACCAAAUGAGAUACACAGACUACAAAUUCAGGUUGGCCAAGUCGACCCUAACGCUCAUCCCUCUGCUGGGUAUCCACCAAGUGGUCUUUAUUUACGUCACUGACGAGGCCACCGAGACCACCAUCGGUUUGCGCCUCACCAAGUUGGUCAUUGACCUUUUCUUCUCCUCCUUCCAGGGUCUCCUGGUAGCCAUCUUGUACUGCUUCGUCAACAAAGAAGUGCAGUCCGAGGUGCUGAAAAAGUGGAAGCGCUGGAAGCUGGGCCGCAACAUCGAGGAGGAGUACCGCCACACGUACAGCAACAUGCCCAACACCAAGACAGGAAGCCUGCUCAACCACGUCUCGCAGCCACCGCCCCAACUCCCCGAGCGGGCCACGUCCAUCUGCUCCCCCGAGGAGUGGCACAUGCUGGUGGCCAACGGGGGCGGGGCCGACCACGGAAAAGCGGCGGGCCAGCGCGGCUCCCCGCUGCACGAGGGCACGGUCGGUCACUACACCGCGGUGGAGGACAUGGGCGUUGUGGACAAGAGCAGGAACCUGGAGGGCCUCCAAUGAAGGACGCCCCACUUAAGUCAGUACUGAGCAGCUCUGACGGACACAGUCAGCGGGCGAGUGCGUGGCCCCCGCAGCCUGCGUGGCCCCGCAGCCUGCUGGGGACCUGCUGGCUGCGAGUGCGUGGCCCCCGCAUACUGCUGGGGACCUGCAGGCUGCGAGUGCGUGGCCCCCGCAGCCUGGUGGGGAUCUGCAGGCCUCCCUCAAGGCAAACCGAGCCAUGUAAAAUAAUACUUUUUGGAAUCAGCAAUUCAAAGACUUUACAUAAGAAGCCUCUGAGUUGCAGUGCUGAAGGCCAAAGUGGAUCUUCAACUGUAGACCUGGUCUGGCUUUUUUGUUGCAGGGUUGAAAUAAGGCGGUACAAAUCUAACAGCAGAAAUGCUAACCUCAGUGAGGAUGUUCCUGGUCAAUCCUGACACGUAUUGUCACCUCAAUUUUAUUUUUUAUAUAUUCUGUUUAUUUGCAAAUGACUUUACACUCUUUUUUUGUUUUUCUGGCAAGAGUGGAGCAGAAACUGGGCUUUCGAUGUGUAUCAGUCAAUCUAUUGUGCUAUACAAGCUGCACACUGACUACUCUAAACAGUGUAUCCAAGCUGACUGUUGUCCUUUAAAGGGGAACUGACUGCACUUUAUUGGAAUUCGGCCCGUCGUUCACAAUCAUUAUGAGAGACACGACGACGGAUGGAUUCUUUUGUUAUUGCAUUCUAAAUAUGAAAUAGUUGUAAAUAAAAGUCUGAUGGGAGCUCCACUAUUCCUUCCAAAAAAAUCCGAUAAAUAGCCAUUCAAAAAGCGCCAAUAAUACUGAAUUAACGUUUGGUAAAUAUUAACAAGUAUUAGUGAUAUUGUUAUUAGAAGUGCUAACGCAGACAAACUAUUUAGAGCGGCAUCGUUCACAUCAUCGAGUGAUCUGCUGCUUCCUCGCUUCCCUGCUCCCUGUAAGCUUAUUCUAGAUCAUAACUCAUGCCUCUCACCUGAAAAAUAGACGGCUGAGAAUAUAAUCCAACAAGUUGGGACACUUUGGCAGCCCUUUCGGACCUGAAACAGUCAAGGACGACACGAAAAUCACAACCGUUUCUUUGCCAGGAUUGACACAUUUUUCAUCUAAAUGGGAAUAUAUACUUACAUCAUGUAUAUAUUACAUGUUAUUAUGAAUGUUACUAUAUUACAUAUAAUACUUACAUCAUGUAUAUAUUACAUGUUAUUAUGAAUAUUACUACAUGACAUAUAUACUUACAUCAUGUAUAUAUUACAUGUUAUUAUGAAUAUUACUACAUUACAUAUAAUACUUACAUCAUGUAUAUAUUACAUGUUAUUAUGAAUAUUACUACAUGACAUAUAUAUACUUACAUCAUGUAUAUAUUACAUGUUAUUAUACAUGUUACUACAUUACAUAUAUACUUAUAUCAUGUAUAUAUUACAUGUUAUUAUGAAUGUUACUACAUGACAUAUAUACUUACAUCAUGUAUAUAUUACAUGUUAUGAAUAUUACUACAUGACAUAUAUAUACUUACAUCAUGUAUAUAUUACAUGUUAUUAUGAAUAUUACUACAUUACAUAUAUAUAUAUACUUACAUCAUGUAUAUAUUACAUGUUAUUAUGAAUAUUAAUACAUGACAUAUAUAUACUUACAUCAUGUAUAUAUUACAUGUUAUUAUACAUGUUACUACAUUACAUAUAUACUUACAUCAUGUAUAUAUUACAUGUUAUUAUACAUGUUACUACAUGACAUAUAUACUUACAUCAUGUAUAUAUUACAUGUUAUUAUGAAUAUUACUACAUGACAUAUAUAUAUACUUACAUCAUGUAUAUAUUACAUGUUAUUAUGAAUGUUACUAGAUACUACAUACUGUAUACACUUACAUCAUGUAUAUAUUACAUGUUAUUAUAAAUGUUACUAGAUAGAUGGAUAGUACUUUAUUGUUUCCUUCAGGAGAGUUCCCUCAGGAAAAUGUAAAUGUUUUUUUUACAUGACAUAUACACUUACAUCAUGUAUAUAUUACAUGUUAUUAUGAAUGUUACUAUAUUACAUAUAUACUUACAUCAUGUAUAUAUUACAUGUUAUUAUACAUGUUACUACAUGACAUAUAUACUUACAUCAUGUAUAUAUUACAUGUUAUUAUGAAUGUUACUAUAUUACAUAUAAUACUUACAUCAUGUAUAUAUUACAUGUUAUUAUGAAUAUUACUACAUGACAUAUAUACUUACAUCAUGUAUAUAUUACAUGUUAUUAUGAAUAUUACUACAUUACAUAUAAUACUUACAUCAUGUAUAUAUUACAUGUUAUUAUGAAUAUUACUACAUGACAUAUAUAUACUUACAUCAUGUAUAUAUUACAUGUUAUUAUACAUGUUACUACAUUACAUAUAUACUUAUAUCAUGUAUAUAUUACAUGUUAUUAUGAAUGUUACUACAUGACAUAUAUACUUAC